AUGGAGGUAUACGUGGACGAUAUGCUGGUAAAAAGUUUAACUCCGGAGGAUCACGUAACCAACUUAUCAAUCGUCUUCACCAUCAUAUUGCGCAAUGGUAUGCGGCUUAACCCACAGAAGUGCAUCUUCGGGGUCGAGGUAGGAAAGUUUCUCCGGUACAUCAUUAGCCACAGGGGAAUUGAGGCCAAUCCGGAGAAGGUGCAGGCUAUAUUAGACAUGGUAUCCCCAACCUACCGGAACGAGGUCCAAUCUCUUACAGCCUGGACAGCUGAGCACGAGGCUGCUUUUCUUGGCUUGAAGGCAUACUUGUCAGAGGUACCUCUACUCUACAAACCUGUUCCAGGAGAAAUGCUCUACAUAUAUCUGGCGGCAUCUUCAACAGCUGUGAGCUCAGUUCUGAUUAGGAAGGACUCCGAUUGCGAGUACCCAGUGUACUAUGCUGGAAAAGGUUACACUGGUGCAGAAUCCAGGUACCUGGACAUUGAAAAAAUGGCACUGGCCCUCCUGAAACUAGAGACAUCGGGCAGGUUAAUUAAAUGGGCCAUCAAGCUGGGGGAGUUCGAUAUCAAGUACCAGCCCCGGACAGCUAUUAAGGGCCAGGCAGCGGCAGAUUUUAUUUCCGAGUCAAUUCCUUCCCAUAACCCACCCCUGGAAUCACCUGAACCACUAGCCCCAGAUCCACCUCCGCCAAGCACUUGGCGAUUAUACGUUGAUGGCGCGUCCAACAAGAAAACCAGUGGAGCUGGUAUCCUGCUAAUUAGCCCGGACGAUCAAGUCUACAAGUACGCCCUCAAUUUUGCCUUCAAGGCAUCCAACAAUGCCGCAGAGUACGAGGCACUCACAGCAGGUUUGCAGAUCGCCCGGGAACUAGGCGUGCAGCACCUUAGUAUCUUCAGUGAUUCUCAGUUAGUCGUAAACCAGGUCAGCGGUAACUUCGAGGCAAAGGAGCCCCACAUGUCCUCUUACCAGGCCUUAGCCCGGGUAUUAGUUCAGAGAUUUACCUCCUACAUUUUUACCCAAAUACCGAGGGCAGAAAACGACAAGGCAGACGCCCUUGCUAAGCUUGCAUCAACUUCUCCAAGUCCUACCUAUGGGGCCACUAAGGUCGAAAUACUCGAAAAACCUAGCACUUCUAAAACGGUGUCAGAAAUAUUUACGGUGGAUCACACUGCUUCAUGGAUGGACCCAAUUUUGAAAUACAUGGUCGACGGCCUAGCACCGGACGAUAAGGUCGAGGCCAGAAGACUACAGUUAAGGUCAGCUCGAUACACGAUCAUGAAUGGCAAAUUGUACAGAAGAGGAAGGUCACAAAAUAAUGAAGGACAUACACGCUGGUGUAUGCGGUAA